AUGCCAAUUUCCAGUAUUGCCAUUGGAACUCCGGCGGAAGCAAGCUCGCCGGACGUCCUGAAAGCCGCCCUUGCAGAGUUCAUUUCGAUGCUCAUUUUUGUUUUUGCUGGCGAAGGCGCCGGAAUGGCAUUUGGAAAGUUAACUGAUGGUGGUGCAGCGACACCAGCCGGUCUUAUUUCCGCAUCAAUAGCGCAUGCUUUUGCGCUGUUUGUGGCGGUGUCGGUUGGUGCUAAUAUUUCAGGGGGUCAUGUGAACCCCGCUGUGACAUUUGGAUUGUUUGUUGGUGGUCACAUUUCGUUUUUGAGAAGUGUUGUAUAUUGGAUUGCACAGUGUCUCGGGUCCGUUGAUGCUUGCUUGCUUUUAAAAUUUGCAACCGGAGGUUUGGAAACAUCGGCUUUUGCAUUUUCAUCGGGUGUGGGAGAGUGGAAUGCGGUGGUGUUUGAGAUAGUGAUGACUUUUGGACUAGUGUACACGGUGUACGCAACCGCGGUUGAUCCUAAAAAGGGAGAUUUGGGGAUUAUUGCACCACUAGCUAUUGGGUUCAUAGUUGGUGCAAACAUCUUAGCCGGUGGUGCGUUCGAUGGUGCGUCUAUGAACCCUGCUGUGUCCUUCGGUCCAGCUGUCGUCAGCUGGACCUGGAACAGCCACUGGGUUUACUGGCUAGGCCCGUUUGUGGGUGCGGGUAUAGCCGCACUUGUAUAUGAAAUUAUUUUUAUCGGGUCAAAUACCCAUGAGCCUCUCACAGCCGUCGAUUACUAA